CCCCCUCUCCCCCCUCCCUCUCUUCCCCUCCCCCCAUCCCUCUCUCUCCGUGCCCUGGGUCGCUGCCAAAUCCAACCCCCUCCUAGCCUCUGCGCCUCACACCGGGACCAGACGGGACGGUGCGCGCUGACUGGUGAGGAAGGAUGAAGCUCGCUGUGAUUGGACAAAGCCAGUUUGGCCUAGAGGUGUACCAGGAACUGAAAAAGGCGGGACACGAGAUAGUUGGAAUAUUCACCAUCCCCGACAAGGAUGGCAAGCAGGAUCCUCUUGCUGCAGAAGGUGCCAGGGACGGGACGCGGGUGUUCAAGUACCCGCGCUGGAGGGUGAAAGGGGAAGCGGUGGCGGAGGUGGUGAGGGAGUAUGCCAGCCUGGGGGCACAGCUCAACGUCCUGCCCUUCUGCUCCCAGUUCAUCCCCAUGGAGGUGAUCGACUUCCCCCAGCACGGCUCCAUCAUCUAUCACCCCUCCCUGCUGCCCAGGCACCGAGGGGCCUCCGCCAUCAACUGGACGCUGAUACACGGGGACACGCGCGGAGGGUUCAGCAUCUUCUGGGCGGACGCUGGCCUGGACACCGGCCCCAUCCUGAUGCAGAGAGAGUGCCCCGUCUUCCCCGACGAUACCAUCAACACCCUCUACAAACGCUUCCUCUACCCCCAGGGGGUCAAAGGCAUGGUGGAGUCGGUGGAGCUCAUCGCCACUGGGAGAGCGCCCAGGGUCCGGCAGCCUGAAGACGGGGCUACGUACGAAUGCAUCCAGAAGAAGGAGAACGCACAGAUCAACUGGGAUCAGCGGGCUGAGGCCAUUCACAACUGGAUCCGAGGCAACGACAUGGUUCCCGGCGCCUGGGCCGAAGUCAACGGCCACAAGCUGACGUUCUUUGGCUCAACCCUGCUGGAGGGAGCUCCCCCCCAGGGCCAGACGCUGGAGAUCCCUGGGGCUAGUAGACCCGCCGUGGUCAGCAAGAACGGCCUGGUCCUCUUUGGCAACGACGGCAACAUGCUGCUGGUGAAAAGCCUGCAGUUUGAAGAUGGGAAAAUGAUCCCUGCAUCCAAGUACUUCUCCUCCGCGGAGUCAUCCUCGCUGGAGCUCACUGAAGACGAGAAGAAAAUCAAAGAGGACGUUCGGGCUGUUUGGAAGGGAAUCCUGUCCAACGUCGCAGAAAUUGUGGAAUCGACCGAUUUCUUCAAGUCUGGCGCUGCGUCGAUGGAUGUGGUCAGGCUUGUGGAGGAGCUGAGGCUGAAGUGGGGGGGUCUGCAGCUGCAGAAUGAAGAUGUCUACAUGGCCACCACGUUUGAGGACUUCAUGCAGAAGGUGGUGAGGAAGCUCCGCGGAGAAGAUGAGCAAGAGGAGCUGCUGAUAGACCACGUUGAAAUGGACAUUAACGGCCGGACCCUGCGCCUGCCUCACCAAACCUUCAUCAACGGCCAGUUCGUGGACGCAGAGGGAGGGGCCUGGUACCACACCAUCAACCCCACCCACGGAACAGUGAUCUGCAAGGUGUCGCUGGCCCAGAUAUCUGAUGUGGACAAGGCCGUGGCCGCAGCGAAGGAAGCCUUUGAGUCCGGCGAGUGGGGCCGGAUGAAUCCCAGGGACCGGGGCCGCCUGCUCUACAGGCUGGCUGAUCUGAUGGAGGAGCACCAGGAGGAGCUGGCCACCAUCGAGGCCAUCGACUCGGGUGCCGUCUACACCCUGGCCCUGAAAACCCACGUGGGCAUGUCCAUCCAGACCUUCCGCUACUUUGCCGGCUGGUGCGACAAGAUCCAGGGCUGCACCAUCCCAAUCAACCAAGCCCGGCCCAAUCGCAACCUGACCUUCACCAAGAGGGAGCCCAUUGGGGUGUGUGGGGUGGUGAUCCCGUGGAACUACCCGCUGAUGAUGUUGGCGUGGAAGGCAGCCGCCUGCCUGGCCGCGGGGAACACUCUGGUGCUCAAACCGGCACAGGUGACGCCCUUGACAGCGUUGAAAUUCGCCGAGCUCACGGUAAAGGCAGGAAUCCCAAAGGGGGUGGUCAACAUUCUCCCGGGAGCCGGUUCCCUCAUCGGGCAGAGAAUAUCGGAGCAUCCAGACGUUCGGAAGUUGGGCUUCACUGGGUCAACCCCGGUUGGGAAGCAGAUCAUGAAGAGCUGUGCAGUCAGCAACGUGAAGAGAGUCUCGCUGGAACUCGGAGGCAAAUCCCCGCUCUUAAUCUUUGCCGACUGUGAUUUGGACAAGGCGGUGCGGAUGGGUAUGGGAGCUGUGUUUUUCAACAAGGGGGAGAACUGUAUAGCAGCUGGCCGGCUCUUUGUGGAAGACUCAAUCCACGACCAGUUCCUGCACAGAGUGGUGGAAGAGGUGAAGAAGAUGAAGAUUGGAGACCCCCUGGACAGGUCCACGGACCACGGGCCCCAGAACCACAAGGCCCACCUGGACAAGCUGAUCCAGUACUGUGCCGCCGGGGUCCACGAGGGAGCCAGGCUGGUGUACGGAGGGAGGCAGGUCCCCCGGCCAGGUUUUUUCUUCGAGCCCACGGUGUUCACGGAUGUGCAGGAUGAAAUGUUCAUCGCUCAGGAGGAAUCCUUCGGGCCCAUCAUGAUCAUCUCCAAGUUUCCCGACGGGGACGUGGAUGGAGUUUUGAAACGCGCCAACAACACAGAGUUCGGCCUGGCCUCGGGCGUGUUCACACGUGACCUGAGCAAGGCGCUGUACGUCAGUGACAAGCUGCAGGCUGGCACUGUCUUCAUCAACACCUACAACAAGACUGAUGUGGCUGCUCCGUUUGGAGGCUUCAAACAGUCGGGCUUCGGCAAGGACCUGGGGCAGGAAGCUUUGAACGAAUAUCUGCGGACCAAAACAGUGACCGUUGAAUACUAGCGGGACGGGGCGAAGGUGGAACAACUGCAGCAACUUCACCCUUGCACGCAGGGAACCAACAAUCAAUGGACAUUUGCGGAUAAUUCAGGACUGAUUCUCCGUCACAAACCCUCUCCCAGAGAUACGUGGACAUCCCAUGGCGGGGCUCAGUGGAUCCGUGAGAGGAGCCAGCCCACGUUCGGUGGGCCGAGUGGCCUCCUCCCUCUUGUUGCAAUCUAGUCAUAGAAAUUUGCUGCCUAAAUAAUUUCCUUCCUGAUUACAAUUGACAAGGAGGCAUCAUCUCUUCGACGCCACAGGGCCCAGCUGGUCACAGACACCUGACCCAAGCUUCCAACCUCAUCAUUAUCCAACAUGGAACAGUCCAGCACAGGAACAGGCCCUUCGGCCCACAAUGUCCGUGCCCAAUAUGAUGCCAAUAAACUAAUCUCCACUGAUCCAUAUCCCUCCAUUCCCUGCAUAUCCAUGUACCGAUCCUAAAGCCUCGAACAUCAUUAUAGUAUCUGCCUCCACCACCACCCGUGGCAGCACGUUCUAGGCCCCCACCACCCUCUGUGUCAAAAGGAAAUCUGCCCCACACAUCACCUUUAAACUUUGACCUCUCACCUUAAAGUUACGCUUUGAAUAUACGUCAGCUACUGGCCCAGUCGACACCGAAAGCACCUCCCUAACUCAAUGCCCCUCCCUCCAAGAUGGACCAAGGCAGCAGGGGAACACCACUAACUGCAGUUCCCCUCCAAGUCACUGGAACGUCGGAGGUUAGGGGGAGAAAUGAUAGGAGGGCUUCAGGACAGCGCAGUGGCACAGCGCUAGAGUUGCUGCCUCACAGCGGCUGAGACUGGGAUUCCAUCCUGACCACUGGUGCUGUCUAUACGGAGUUUGCACGUUCUCCCUGUGACCACAUGGGUUUUUGCCGGGUGCUCCGGUUUGCUCCCACAUUCCAAAGACGUGCAGGUUUGCAGGUUGAUUGGCUUCUGUAAAUUGUCCCUAGUCUGUAGAAUAGAUAGUGCUAGUAUACGGGGUGAUUGCUGGUCAGUGCGGACUUGAUGGGCCGAAUGGCCUGUUUCCAUGCUGUAUCCAUCUCUAAAGUCUCAUUUCUAAAGAAGUAUAUAAAAUUACGAGAGGCAUAGACAGGGUAGACAGUCUGAACCUUUUCUUCAGGAUGGAAAAAUCAAAUAGCAGAGAGCAUAGUCAAGAUGGGCAACGUUUAAAGGAGAUGUGCGGGGCAGGUAUUGUUACACAGAGGGUGGUGGGUGCCUGGAACACGCUGCCAGGGGUGGUGGAGGCAGAUACGAUAGUGGCGUUUGAAGGUUUUAGAUAGGCACAUGGACAUGCAGCAGAUGGAAGGAUAUGGAUCACGUGCAGGGAGAUAAUGGCUGCUCUUGGCAUCGUAUUGGGCAACCACAUUGCGGGUCGAAGGGCCUGUUCCUGUGCUGUACUGAAACGAUUUUAAAAAAAUAAAAUACACCGUCCUGACUGGGAAAUCUUAACGGCGUUCCCUCACCGUCACUGGGUCAAGAUGCCAGAACUUCCCCCCCACCCACCCCAACAGCACAAGAGGGAGCCCCUCCCCAGGGGGUCUGCAGCUGUUCAAGGAGCCGGCUCACCCUCCAUCCCCCACCCCCGUCACAAGGGCCAAUGCCAUGAGGAAGCAGGAUCCCUCGCCUGCUGUUCACAUCUGUCGGGCACCAAGCCCCCUGCUGAUUCAGGAACGUUUAAUUGCCUUGUGUACCGGCAACGGAACAAUGAAAUGCUGUGGCCUGUAAACACAAUCACACACAGAUCAAUGUGCAAUAAUCAAUAAUACAAUAAAUAAACAAUUGUAAUA